AUGGAUUCGGUUCUUCCUGUGGCCAUUGCAUCGGUUGUCUUAGGUGCGUUGAUCGCCGUGCUCUUCUUCGGUAGCUACUUCCGGAAGCGCACAUCGGAGGUGCAGUCCAUGGCCAAGGCGGAGCCAAUCCGAAAUCCCAAAUCGAGUCAAGCUCUUCACAAGAAGAAUCAUCCCAAAUCUCACGCCUCCGACAAGAAUCAGAUCAAACGGCAUCAUCCUCUUGACUUAAACACAUUGAAAGGCCAUGGUGAUGCUGUUACUGGACUCUGUUUCUCACCCGAUGGAAAGAGCUUGGCCACUGCUUGUGGUGAUGGAGUCAUCAGGGUGUUCAAGCUAGAUGAUGCCUCAAGCAAAAGCUUCAAAUUUCUAAGGAUAAAUCUUCCUGCUGGAGGACAUCCAGUCGCUGUGGCAUUUGCUGAUGAUGCCUCGUCUAUUGUUGUGGCUUGUCAUGCUCUCUCUGGUUCAUCUCUGUACAUGUACGGUGAAGAAAAGCAAAAGGAACAGCAAGCUAAGCUUCCUCUUCCUUCUAUCAAAUGGGACCGCCAUAAUAUUCAUGAAAAGAAAAACGUCCUUACCAUAUCUGGAGCAAUUGCAACUUACGGUACUGCUGAUGGCAGUUCUGUCAUUGCCUCUUGUUCCGAAGGGACUGAUAUCAUACUUUGGCAUGGGAACACUGGGAGGAAUCUCGGACAUGUUGACACAAACCAGUUGAAGAACCACAUGGCAGCUGUAUCACCAAAUGGACGUUUUCUGGCAGCUGCAGCAUUUACUGCAGAUGUGAAGGUGUGGGAAAUUGUGUAUGUGAAAGAUGGUUCUGUCAAGGAGGUUUCAAGAGUUAUGCAACUUAAAGGGCACAAGAGUGCAGUGACUUGGUUAUGCUUUUCUCCAAACUCAGAGAAAAUCAUCACCGCUUCAAAAGAUGGUACAAUAAGAGUCUGGAACAUCAAUGUCCGCUAUCAUCUUGAUGAGGACCCAAAGGCUUUGAAGGUCUUCCCUAUUCCACUUUGCGACUCAGGGGGAAAUCCCUUGUACUACGAUCGUCUCAGUCUAUGCCCUGAAGGAAAGGUAUUGGCAGCAACCCAUGGUUCCACAUUGCAGUGGUUAUGUGCUGAAACUGGAAAGGUGUUGGACACAGCCGAGAACGCCCAUGAAGGGGAUAUCACAUGCAUUUCGUGGGCACCGAGGGCUAUCACAGUUGGGGAGAGACAGGGCAUGGUUUUGGCGACAUCAGGCGUAGACAAGAAAGUGAAGCUGUGGGAAGCUCCAAAGGUGCAGUCUUUGUAG